CGGGGGCGGCUCGGCGGGGCCGCGACCGCCGGCCAGCUGCGAUUCCAGGGAUCCCACCAGGUCGCUGAGCGCCUUCUCGUCCACCUCCUCGGAGAAGAGCAGCAUCUCCUCCAGUGGGUCCGACGCGCCCGCCGCCAUCUUGCGCUGAGCUGGGAGCCGGCGGCGCUGUGCGCAUGCGCGGGGCUCUGCCGCGCGCGGGGCACCAUGGGAGGGGCCGCCGCCUCCGCCCCGCCCCGGGGCGGCACCGGGCCCGCCCGAGCGACCCGGCGGGAGCGCGCCCGGCACCGGCACCGGGCCCGCCCGAGCGGCCCGGCGGGAGCGCGCCCUGCACCGCCACCGGGCCCGCCCGAGCGGCCCGGCGGGAGCGCGCCCUGCCCCGGGACCGCCCGAGCGGCCCGGCGGGAGCGCGCCCUGCACCGGCACCGGGACCGCCCGAGCGGCCCGGCGGGAGCGCGCCCGGCACCGGCACCGGGCCCGCCCGAGCGAUCCGGCGGGAGCGCGCCCGGCACCGGGCCCGCCCGAGCGGAUGCGGCUCCCCAGGGAGAGGGCGGCGAUGCCCCCUCGGGACACCGCGGGCUGCAGCGGGUGCAGGGAGGUGCCGUAGGGACGCUGCGGGUGUGGAGCAGCCUCCGUGCCCCCCCGGGUGUCCGCAGGGUCCCGGUGAGUCCCGUGCCGUCCCGCCGGGAGCAGCGGGCACAGCGCCUGGGCCGGGCCGCUGCGGCCCCUCCGCGGGACGAGCAGCGCUCGGAGCUGUCCCAAAGGCUGAGGCACACGCGGCUGGUUGCGCUGCUCCCUCCGCCUGGCAGCUCCCCGUGUCCGAAGCUAUUGCUCUGGCCACACCAGAACGGCUGCGCUGCUGCUGCCCUGGCGUGCCGCUCCCUCAGCAUCCUCGCGGGAAAUUUAAGGACCCUUCAAACAAAAACAUUUUCCCGUGUGAAUAACACACAAGGGAUGGCCAUGGAUUUGUGACCCCAGCAGCAGGCACCAGCUUGGAUCUGGCCUGCAACAGCACGACUUGUCUGCAAACUGGGAUGUACUGG